CUUUCUGUUUUUGGUAGAAACCUAAGAGAGUGUUAGGGAAAGAAAAGAAAGCAGAGAAAAUGUCAGUGAUGCGAUGUUUGUAUCGAUCCCUGUGCCGCCGAUCUACGGCGGUCUUCACCUCCGCCGCCGCAACCUCCGCCGUCAACCACCGCCACCUCCAUUCUUUUUCAGCUUCUCCUACAAACCCUCGCCUUACUGAAUGUCAGCAUCCUUUCACAAUGGCAAUGGGAAGCAUGCGUUCUUUCAGUGAGGAUGUAACUCACAUGCCUGCUAUAGAAGAUUCGGAGGUCAAACGCGCUUUUAAAGACUUAAUGGCUGCAAGCUGGGAUGAGCUCCCAGAUGCUGUUGUCUACGACGCAAAGAAUGCAGUGUCCAAAAGUACUGACGACAAGGCUGGCCAGGAAGCUUUGGUGAAUGUUUUUCGCGCUGCUGAGGCAGUUGAGGAGUUCAUUGGGAUUCUCACAUCUCUGAAAAUGGAAAUAGAUGAUGCUAUUGGUUUAAGUGGUGAGGAUGUGAAGCCUUUGUCAAAAGAAUUCUCUGAUGCACUGCAUACAGUAUUUCAACGCUACAACGCAUACAUGAGUGCCUUUGGGCCAGAGGAGGAAUAUUUGAGGAAGAAAGUCGAGAUGGAGCUGGGGACUAGGAUGAUACACUUAAAGAUGCGAUGCAGUGGCCUCGAUGCUGCAUGGGGAAAGGUUACGGUACUUGGGACUUCUGGACUUGCUGGUUCUUAUGUUGAGCAAAGAGCAUAGGCCUUCAAUCAUGGCAGAAAAAUCACCAUGUUUUUGUCUUCAAUCACUUGGAAAACUGUUGUUUUAGAUAAUGCAGGUUGCUCCAAUAUGAUCCAUUAUGUUGUACUUGGUUCUCAAGUUUGAUCAUGUGAUUACUACAACAGGCAAAUAAUAAUAAUCCUAGAAACUUGUGCAAGGAAAUACUUUCUUGAAUAUUCAGAAAGUUCUAAUCUUUUUUGUGUUUUGACGUCAAA